CGCUGCUUUGCGCGGUUCAAGAUGCAUGUAGGCGCAAGAUGCCCCGUCGGUGAUUUGAGCUCGUACAAAAGGGACCGAGCUGUGGCCGUGUCAGGAAACGCCCAGAAGACCCACAGGCACGUUUUUAAGCUGCUUGCAGACCGUGCCCCCCGUACGAACGGGAAUUAAUUAAAGAGGAGAUCCACAUGACGCCAUUUACUGCUGCUUUUGGAGAAAGAUCACCCUACCUCCUCCGGAAAGAAAAGAGAGAGAGAGGGAGAGAGCGAGCAAGCAGAAAAACGGCGAGCCCCUACUGCUCAGAUCUCAAAUCUUCCUCCUCCUCCUCCUCCAAACACACAACAACCACCACCACAAAUCCGCUGCGCUCCCAAAACACCCCCCCCCCCCCGAUCGCAAACCACAGAGCUGCCUGCAACACAUACACGCUCGCAGAGGGAGCGAGAAAGCUAGAGGGAGCGAAGGGAACGGGAGCUUGCAGCAAGCAGCUUCUCAGCAGAACGGCUACAUUGCACAAGCUGCCUUUUUUUUUUGGAGUAGCUCAGUGGAAGAAAGCUCUGGGAUUUUAUUUUAGAUCCACUUCUUUGUUUAUUUGUUUUUUCUUCCCCCGUUCUCCUGAUCAUUUGCAACAACAACAGCACACAAAAAAAGUGACUUUGGUGUUGGCGAUUUGGCCUCCGGUUCAUUGAGGAAAAGAAAGGAAAGUGUGCGAGAGACUGCUUUUUAAUUGCUUUUUCUCCCCUAGGAGCCAAGAAAGCUCACCCCCACACGGAGAGUUGUUAUUACGAUUAUUGUUACAGCGUAUACGCGCACACACGUAUUUAUAAUCGAUCUGGAGAGAGGAACCUAACUUCCUAACUUUGCUCUGGACUGUUUUUUACACGGUGAUCAUUCUCGCUCUAAUUUGCAAGUUGGACUAAAGCAGAGUUUUGGAAAAGAUUUUUUUUUCCUUUUUUUUUUUUUUUUCUCGCUUUAGGGCUGGAUUUAUUUGCAAACCGCAGGAAGAAGAAAAUACAAGAGAGAGGGGUUUGGUGCAGCGCCGCGAUCACGGAUUUCAGAUGUGUUCUAAGCCUGCCGGGGUGAGCACGCUUCCGGGCACUGAUGGAGACGAGAGCUCAGCACGGCAGCGGGUCACAGGCCUUGCUACAGGCUCGGCGUGACAGUGGGAGGCCGCAUGGGGAGCCCGAUCUGCGGGAUGUCCUGAUGCAGCAGGUUCACGUCUUGUCCUUGGACCAGAUCAGAGCCAUCCGCAACACAAAUGAGUACACGGAGGGACCUACAGUGGCUCCGCGGCCCGGGGUGAAGACGGCUCCUCGUCCAGCAGCCCAAGCCAAAGCUGAGCGGCCCCAUGCCUUGCCCGAGCACCGUCCCGUCGGCCGGGUCCAGCACGCACAGCCGCACGCCUCUCCUCGGGCGCCUCUGGCCCGCUCCAUCAGCACCGUCAGCACCGGCUCGCGGAGCAGCACACGGACAAGUACAAGCAGUAAUUCGUCUGAGCAGAGACUUCUAGGUUCACCUUCAGGGCCGGCUGCCGAUGGGAUAGUCCGUAUGCAGCCCAAGUCUGAGCUCAAGGCAAGCGAGCUGAAGCCUCUGAGCAAAGAAGACUUGGGAGCACACAGCUACAGGUGUGAGGACUGUGGAAAAUGCAAGUGUAAGGAGUGCACUUACCCGAGGACCCUCCCGUCCUGUUGGGUCUGUGACAAGCAGUGUCUCUGCUCAGCCCAGAACGUGGUUGAUUAUGGGACUUGUGUCUGCUGCGUGAAGGGCCUCUUCUAUCACUGCUCUAACGACGACGAGGACAACUGCGCUGACAACCCCUGCUCCUGCAGUCAGUCGCGCUGCUGCACGAGGUGGUCUGCCAUGGGCGUGGUGUCCCUCUUCCUGCCUUGCUUGUGGUGUUACUUACCGGCCAAGGGUUGCCUUAAGUUGUGCCAGGGCUGUUACGACCGGGUAAAUCGGCCUGGGUGCCGCUGUAAACACUCCAACACCGUUUGCUGCAAAGCUCCCAGCGUCCCCCCCAGGAACUUUGAAAAGCCAACGUAGCAUCGCUAGUCAGAAAUAACUAAAGUAACCAGGAUCCUUUUAACCUACAUAUGCAACCAACUAAGCAGCUGUGGUCUUGGCACUGUGGUUGAAGGGUUGGGUUUGUACUUGGCUCUUUGCAGGGAGAUGCUUUUCGCCGCGUGUGCCAUCUUAACUGAUGCGCGCGUUAGAGUCCAGCUAGCAGCAUGCAGGAAGAGAGCAAAACACAAAGAGAAGGGAUGCAGUACAUGGUGACCCACAUAUUGCAUAAGCUAAAGCAACACAAGACACUCCUAGGCAACUCUGAUUGUUUGUGAAUAGUACUUGCAAAGUUUGUAAAUUAGCAAAUGACUUCCCCCCCCCCCCCCCCCCCAUUGUUUUCUGCCAGAGAUAAUGUGCUAUAUUUUUGUACAUACAAUAAUAUUUUCAACUGUGAAAAGCAGAGUGGUGUCACGAGGCGUGGCACAGUCACACACACACAAAACAGAGCUAUUAUACUAAUAUGCUGUACAUUCAGAAGAAUGUGAAUCAAUCAGUAAUGUUUUUAGAUUGCUUGAUGGAAACCUUCUAUGGCAAGACUCUUGAUUUCCCUUUCGGACUCGGUGUAUAUUGUACAGUCACAGUAAAAUUCAGCCUUUAUUUUCUAAUUGUUUUUUUUUCAACACAUUGUUUAGUGUAAAGAAUAUUUAUUUGAAGUUUUAUUAUUUUAUAAAAGAAAAAAAAAGAAAUAUUUAUUUUAAGAGGCAUCUUACAAGUGUCACCCCACCCCCACCCCCCUUUUUAUGAGGACGUCACAGUUGCUGCAGAUAUAAGGGGUGAACGAUGCAUAUGUUCACUAUAAAAUAGAAAAUAUAUUAACGUUUGAAAUUAAA